AUGGAGGAUCUCAAGAAGAAGUAUGAGGAGCUAACUCGCAAGUUGGCUAUCAAGGAGGAUAAAAGCACUGCUGCAGAGCUUAUGGACAAUACCGACUUGCACUUCACUAAUCGAGUGUUGGGCUUCCCUUUGCCAGUCAACUUCAAGAUGCCUCGUGUCGACAAGUAUGACGGUAAUGGUGACCCUGCUGAACAUAUGGAAAGCAUCCGCACUCAUUUUUCCUUUCAUAGAACUCCAGAUGAAAUUGCAUGCAGAAUAUUUCCCCUUACCUUGGCAGGAGUUGCCAAGGAUUGGUUCGCCAGAUUGCCUGCCAAGUCGAGAAAGGAAGAGAGCCUGAAGGAUUUCAUGCUCAGGUUUAAUAGAGAGAAGCUGUUGGUGGAGAGCCCAAAUGACCAAACUGUACUAUCCGCAUUAUGGCACAGAGUCAGGCCGAAUGGGCCUCUGAUGGCUGAAAUAUCAAAGAGUUUGACGGAAAUAACUCUUCGCCAAUUCGUCAAUAAGAUGGAGGAGUACACCAAUCAGGAGGAAAUGAUUGGGGCUCUAAUGAAGGGUCAAGAGGAGGAAGACCGAGCAAAAGAGGACAACAAGAAGAAACUACCCGCAUUAUGGCACAGAGUCAGGCCGAAUGGGCCUCUGAUGGCUGAAAUAUCAAAGAGUUUGACGGAAAUAACUCUUCGCCAAUUCGUCAAUAAGAUGGAGGAGUACACCAUUCAGGAGGAAAUGAUUGGGGCUCUAAUGAAGGGUCAAGAGGAGGAAGACCGAGCAAAAAAGGACAACAAGAAGAAACUACCUGCAACGUCCACUCCAAAAGAGGGGAAACUCCAAAAGAAAGUGGGUAAGAAGGUUGUACCAUCCUUCCUGAAGAUAGAAUCCCAGAGACGCGAAGAUCGAAGGUUCACGUCCUUGAAUGUCGGCGUCAAUGAAGUGUUCAUGGAGGAGAUUACAAGAGACCCAGCUUUCAGGUGGCCGAAUAAGUUGAGGGGUGAUCCAAGGAAGCGAGAUCGAGUGAAGUUCUGUGAGUAUCAUAAUGAUCAUGGGCAUUUGACAGAAGAUUGUGUAACCCUGCAACAGGAAAUCAAAACCUUCAUCAGAAAUGGGAGGCUUGUGAGAUUCCUUGCAAGAGAGAGGAAUCGAGAUGCAGUUCACCAAUAG